UGUCCAUCUGUGAAAUGGCCUCUUGGGAGAGGCCUGCAUAACCUGACCCAGAAUCUGAGAGCACCCGAAAAUAUGAAUCCUUUAGUCCUGUACUGCACCGCUCUCUUAUUUUGACCUUCUCUUCCCCAGUCAGAGAUAGAGACGCCCUCCAGUGGCGGAUACUUUGUUCGGGCAUCUGUACCCCGAGCUUGGGUUACAAUUUUAGCAUUGCGCAUGUGCAAUCCUCUCUUUUUUCACAGGCCAAGCCGACCUAUGCUGCGCAUGCGUCUGGGUACAAAUGGGCGGGGAAGUUUCCGGAAGUCCCUUUUGUGGAGGGGUAGGGUUUGGGGUUCCGCAGUCCUCCCAUGGCCGCUCUGACCUUAGGCUCCGCGACUUCUCGCCUCCUCUCCCAGCCCCCAGUCCUCCCACCGCGGCCGCUCGGCCCCGCCCCCUCGCCCACCCCGCGGUCUUCCCGGGGCCGCUCUGGCUCGAGAGUCCCUUCGUCUCUGUGAUCUGGCCUAUCCGGCUCCGGAGGGAGGCGCGGGUGGGUGAGCCGGGGAGUGAGUCCUGCGUUCCAGGCCCGAGCCGGUGAGGACGGGCUCCGCCCCCGUCGGGAGCCUCUCCCGGCCCGGCCCGGCCCGCACCCUCUAUGGAGGCCCUCGUCCGGCUGUAGGGCCCCUCGCCUCAUGGGGACCCACCCAUUUCUAAGGUCCGGUUUGGCCCGUAGCGGUCCGCGUCUUUAAUUGCUGGACAUCGUGUAUGGGGUCAGCCAGCCUAUGGGGGCCUGUGUCUAUAAGGGACUCCCACGGUCCCUAGGGGUCGGCCCUGCCCAUAGCAACCCCGUUUACAGGGCCUAUCAUGGGUCUGUAGGGUCCACCUUUCGACUUCCAGAACCCUUCAACAGAGGCAGGUCCCUGCGCGGGGCCUGCGACUCCUGGGCCUCCCCGGGCUACCAGGCCAUGUCCCGUCCAUAGAGGUCGCAUUUUCGGCAUCGGUGGAGGGUCCGUGCCAUCUGUAAGGGUCAGUGCUGGAGGCGGCGAUGGCCCUGGGCCGGGCUCUGGCCGCCGUGCUGGCUCUGUGUUUGGCCAUGCUGGGGCCGAUGUCCCCUGGGGCCCGGGCUGGGGACUGCAAGGGGCAGCGGCAAGUGCUGCGGGAGGCCCCAGGCUUCGUGACGGAUGGUGCGGGCAACUACAGCGUCAAUGGCAAUUGCGAGUGGCUCAUCGAGGCACCGAGUCCCCAGCACCGGAUCCUGCUGGACUUCCUUUUCCUUGACACGGAGUGCACGUAUGACUACCUGUUCGUGUAUGACGGUGACUCCCCCCGCGGGCCCCUGCUUGCCAGUCUGAGCGGGAGCACCCGACCCCCACCCAUCGAGGCUUCCUCUGGCAAGAUGCUGCUGCACCUCUUCAGCGAUGCCAACUACAACCUGCUGGGCUUCAAUGCCUCCUUCCGCUUCUCCUUGUGCCCUGGGGGCUGCCGCAACCAUGGGCAGUGCCGGUCCCCGGGGGUGUGUGCCUGCGAGCCAGGUUGGGGGGGCCCUGACUGUGGCCUGCAGGAGUGUUCGGCCUACUGUGGCAGCCAUGGCACCUGUGCCUCGCCCCUGGGACCGUGCCGCUGUGAGCCUGGCUUCCUGGGACGUGCCUGUGACCUGCAUCUGUGGGAGAACCAGGGGGCUGGCUGGUGGCACAAUGUGAGUGCCGGGGACCCUGCCUUCCCUGCCCGUGUCGGGGCAGCUGGUGCCUUCCUGUCCCCACCAGGGCUGUUGGCCGUUUUUGGAGGCCAGGACCUCAACAGCGCCUUGGGUGACCUCGUGCUGUAUAACUUCUCUGCCAACACCUGGGAGCGCUGGGACCUGAGUCCUGCUCCGGCUGCCCGUCACUCCCAUGUGGCUGUGGCCUGGGCCGGCUCCCUGGUGUUGAUGGGCGGCGAGCUGGCUGAUGGCUCCCUCACUAGCGACGUGUGGGCCUUCAGCCCUCUGGGCGGGGGCCACUGGGAGCAACUGGCACCACCUGCCUCUAGUUCCUCGGGGCCGCCAGGCCUGGCAGGUCAUGCAGCCGCCUUGGUGGACAACAUCUGGCUCUAUGUGUCUGGUGGCCGCACCCAGCACGACCUCUUCUCCUCUGGCCUCUUCCGUUUCCGCCUUGACAGCACCAGUGGGGGCUAUUGGGAGCAGGUGAUUCCGGCAGGUGGGCGGCCCCCUGCCGCCACCGGCCACUCCAUGGUGUUUCACGCCCCAUCUCGAGCCCUGCUGGUUCAUGGUGGACACCGGCCUUCCACUGCCCGAUUCUCUGUGCGGGUGAACUCCACUGAGCUCUUCCAUGUGGAUCGGCGUGUGUGGACAACCCUGAAGGGCCGGGAUGGGCUGCAGGGCCCACGGGAGCGAGCCUUCCACACAGCCAGUGUCCUGGGCAACUACAUGGUGGUCUACGGAGGCAAUGUGCACACCCAUUACCAGGAGGAAAAGUGCUAUGAAGAUGGCAUUUUCUUCUACCACCUGGGCUGCCAUCAGUGGGUGUCAGGGGCUGAGCUUGCUCCGCCAGGAACGCCUGAGGGCCGAGCAGCGCCUCCCAGUGGUCGGUAUUCACAUGUGGCAGCUGUGCUUGGUGGCAGUGUCCUGUUGGUGGCUGGUGGGUACAGUGGCCGGCCCCGUGGGGAUUUGAUGGCCUACAAGGUGCCCCCCUUUGUGUUCCAGGCGCCUGCCCCAGACUACCAUUUGGACUAUUGCUCCAUGUACACGGACCACAGUGUCUGCUCUCGAGACCCCGAAUGCAGUUGGUGUCAGGGGUCCUGCCAAGCUGCACUGCCUCCUGGGACCCCCUCAGGGGCUUGUCUGGCUGCCAGCUGCCUGGGCCUGGGGCGCCUCCUGGGUGACUGCCAGGCCUGCCUGGCCUUCAGCAGCCCUGCAGCUCCUCCCCGGGGACCUGGUGCCCUGGGCUGGUGUGUGCACAAUGAGAGCUGCCUCCCUCGGCCUGAGCAGGCCCACUGCCGAGGAGAGCAGAUCUCAGGCACCGUGGGCUGGUGGGGGCCUGCACCUGUCUUCGUCACAUCCCUGGAGGCCUGUGUCACCCAGAGCUUCCUGCCUGGCCUGCACCUCCUCACCUUCCAACAGCCACCCAACGCCUCCCAACCUGACAAGGUCUUGAUUGUCCGCAGCACAACCAUCACCCUGACACCCAGCCCCGAGACCGACGUAUCACUCGUCUACCGUGGCUUCAUCCACCCACUGCUUCCGGGAGGGCCCGGUGGGCCAGGGGCUGAGGACGUGGCUGUGUGGGCCCGAGCCCAGCGCCUACACGUCCUGGCCCGGAUGGCCCGUGGCCCUGACCCAGAGAGCAUGGAGGAAGUGGGGCGCUGGGUGGCUCAGCAGGAGAAAGAGACGAGGCGGCUACAGCGCCCAGGCUCUGCUCGCCUCUUCCCACUGCCUGGCCGGGGCCACAAGUACGCGGUGGAGAUCCGAGGCCAGCUCAACGGCUCGGCGGGCCCUGGGCACAGCGAGCUCACCCUGCUGUGGGACCGGACUGGUGUGCCAGGUGGCAGCGAGAUCUCCUUCUUCUUCCUGGAACCCUACCGCUCCAUGGCCUGCGCCUCCUACUCCUCCUGCCUGGGCUGCCUGGCAGACCAGGGCUGCGGCUGGUGCCUGGCCAGCUCCACCUGCCACCUGCGCCAGAGCGGGGCUCACUGCAUGGACAGUGGGGCCCGCGGGUCCUUGCUGGUGCUGGUGCCUGCCCUCUGCCCGCUCUGUGAGGAGCAUCGCGACUGCCACGCCUGCACCCAGGACCCCUUCUGUGAGUGGCAUCAGAGCACCAACCGCAAAGGGGAUGCGGCAUGCAGCCGGCGAGGCCGGGGUCAGGGUGCCCUGAAGAGCCCAGAGGAGUGUCCCCCGCUCUGCAGCCAGCGCCUGACCUGUGACGACUGCCUGGCCAACUCGAGCCAGUGUGCCUGGUGCCAGUCCACCCACACCUGUUUUCUGUUUGCUGCCUACUUGGCCCGGUACCCAUAUGGGGGCUGCCGAGGCUGGGAUGACAGCGUGCACUCAGAGCCCCGGUGCCGGAGCUGUGACCGCUUCCUGACCUGCCACGAGUGUCUGCAGAGCCAUGAGUGUGGCUGGUGCGGCAACGAGGACAACCCCACACUGGGGCGGUGCCUCCAGGGGGACUUCUCAGGGCCCCUGGGUGGGGGUAACUGCUCCCUGUGGGUGGGGGAGGGCCUGGGGCUGUCCGUGGCCCUCCCUGCCCGCUGGGCGUAUGCCCGCUGUCCUGACGUGGAUGAGUGUCGCCUGGGCCUGGCGCGGUGCCACCUGCGGGCGACCUGCCUGAACACGCCCCUCAGCUACGAGUGUCACUGCCAGCGAGGCUACCAGGGUGACGGCAUCACAUACUGCAAUCGCACGUGCCUGGAGGACUGCGGCCAUGGUGUGUGCAGUGGACCCCCUGAUUUCACCUGCGUGUGUGACCUGGGCUGGACAUCUGAUCUGCCCCCGCCCACGCCUGCCCCGGGACCCCCCGGUCCCCGCUGCUCCAGAGACUGUGGCUGCAACUUUCACAGCCAUUGCCGAAAGCGGGGGCCUGGCUUCUGCGAUGAGUGCCAGGACUGGACCUGGGGGGAGCACUGUGAACGGUGCCGACCCGGCAGCUUUGGCAACGCCACGGGCUCGGGUGGCUGCCGGCCCUGCCAGUGCAAUGGGCAUGGGGACCCACGCCGUGGCCACUGCGACAACCUCAGCGGGCUCUGCUUCUGCCAGGACCACACCGAAGGUGCUCAUUGCCAGCUCUGCAUCCCUGGCUACUAUGGGGACCCCCGGGCCGGUGGCUCCUGCUUCCGGGAGUGUGGGGGCCGCGCCCUCCUCACCAACGUGUCCUCAGUGGCACUGGGCUCACGCCGGGUUGGGGGGCUGCUGCCUCCAGGUGGUGGGGCAGUGAGAGCCGGGCCAGGCCUUUCAUAUUGUGUGUGGGUUGUCUCGGCCACUGAGGUGCUACAGCCCUGUGCUCCUGGGACCCUCUGUCCCCCACUCACCCUCACCUUCUCCCCCGACAGCAGCACCCCCUGCACGCUGAGCUACGUGCUGGCCUUUGAUGGCUUCCCACGCUUCCUGGACACAGGCGUUGUGCAGUCGGACCGGAGCCUCAUUGCUGCCUUCUGCGGCCAGCGGCGGGACAGGCCCCUCACUGUGCAGGCCCUCUCUGGGCUGCUCGUGCUGCACUGGGAGGCCAACGGCUCCUCAUCCUGGGGCUUCAACGCUUCAGUGGGCUCUGCCCGCUGUGGGUCAGGGGGCCCUGGGAGCUGCCCUGUUCCCCAGGAGUGUGUGCCCCAGGAUGGGGCCGCAGGGGCUGGCCUCUGCCGCUGUCCCCAGGGCUGGGCUGGCCCACACUGUCGCAUGGCUCUGUGUCCUGAAAACUGCAAUGCCCACAACGGGGCAGGGACCUGUAACCAGAGUCUGGGCGUGUGCAUCUGUGCUGAGGGCUUCGGGGGCCCCGACUGUGCCACGAAGCUGGAUGGCGGACAGCUGGUCUGGGAGACCCUUAUGGACAGCCGCCUCUCAGCUGACACUGCUAGCCGCUUCCUGCACCGCCUGGGGCACACCAUGGUGGAGGGACCUGAUGCCACCUUGUGGAUGUUUGGGGGCCUGGGCCUCCCCCAGGGGCUGCUGGGAAACCUGUACAGGUACUCAGUGAGUGAGUGGAGGUGGACACAGAUGCUGGCAGGAGCUGAGGACGGGGGCCCAGGCCCCUCACCCCGUUCCUUCCAUGCAGCUGCUUAUGUGCCCGCUGGCCGUGGUGCCAUGUACCUGAUGGGGGGGCUCACGGCGGGGGGCGUCGCUCGAGACUUCUGGGUCCUCAACCUCACCACCCUACAGUGGCGGCAGGAGAAGGCCCCUCAGACUGUGGAACUCCCAGCUGUCGCUGGUCACACCCUCACGGCGCGCAGAGGCCUGUCCCUGCUCCUGGUGGGCGGUUACUCUCCUGAAAAUGGCUUCAACCAGCAGCUGCUCGAGUACCAGCUGGCGACGGGCACCUGGGUAUCCGGACCGCAGAGUGGGACGCCCCCCACAGGUCUCUAUGGUCAUUCUGCCGUCUACCACGAGGCCACCGACUCUCUCUACGUGUUUGGGGGUUUCCGCUUCCACGUGGAGCUGGCAGCCCCGUCCCCCGAGCUCUACUCCCUGCACUGUCCUGACCGAACCUGGAGCCUGCUGGCCCCUUCUCAGGGGGCAAAGCCCCGCCCCCGACUUUUCCACGCCUCAGCGCUGCUAGGGGACACCAUGGUGGUCCUGGGGGGACGCUCGGACCCUGAUGAGUUCAGCAGCGAUGUGCUGCUCUACCAGGUCAACUGCAACUCCUGGCUGCUGCCUGACCUCACCCGCCAGGCCUCUGUGGGGCCCCCGAUGGAGGAGUCUGUGGCCCAUGCUGUAGCGGCAGUGGGGGGCCGCCUGUACAUCUCAGGGGGCUUUGGGGGAGUGGCCCUGGGCCGCCUGCUGGCCUUGACCAUGCCCCCCGACCCCUGCCGCCUGCUGCCGUCACCUGAAGCUUGUAACCAGUCUGGGGCCUGCACCUGGUGCCAUGGGGUCUGCUUGUCUGGGGACCAGGCCCACAGCUGCAGUGAGUGCCUUGCCCGCCAUCCCCGGACCCUGCAGCCUGGAGAUGGAGAGGCAUCUGUCCCCCGCUGUAAGUGGUGUACCAAUUGUCCCGAGGGUGCCUGCAUCGGGCGCAACGGGUCCUGCACCUCAGAGAAUGACUGUCGGAUCAAUCAGCGAGAGGUCUUCUGGGCAGGGAACUGCUCAGAGGCUGCGUGUGGGGCUGCCGACUGCGAGCAGUGUACCAGGGAGGGCAAGUGCAUGUGGACACGGCAGUUCAAGAGGACAGGGGAGACCCGCCGCAUCCUCUCUGUGCAGCCCACCUACGACUGGACAUGCUUCAGCCACUCUCUGCUGAACGUGUCCCCGAUGCCAGUGGAAUCAUCGCCCCCACUGCCCUGCCCCACUCCCUGUCACCUCCUGCCCAACUGUACCUCCUGUCUGGACUCCAAGGGUGCGGACGGGGGCUGGCAGCACUGUGUCUGGAGCAGCAGUCUCCAACAGUGUCUGAGCCCCUCAUACCUGCCCCUGCGAUGUAUGGCUGGAGGUUGUGGGCGGCUGCUCCGAGGGCCCGAGAGCUGCUCCCUGGGCUGUGCUCAGGCAACCCAGUGCGCCCUGUGCCUGCGGCGCCCCCACUGUGGCUGGUGUGCCUGGGGGGGCCAGGAUGGGGGUGGCCGCUGCCUGGAGGGUGGACUCAGCGGCCCCCGUGAUGGGCUGACGUGUGGGCGUCCUGGGGCUUCCUGGGCCUUCCUGUCCUGCCCCCCUGAGGACGAGUGUGCGAACGGGCACCAUGACUGCAAUGAGACUCAGAACUGCCAUGACCAGCCCCACGGUUAUGAGUGCAGCUGCAAGACGGGCUACCUCAUGGACAAUGUCACGGGGCUGUGCCGCCCGGUGUGCGCCCAGGGCUGCUGCGCCGGCGUGGGGGCCCGCGACCACUGCCUGCUCUGCCGCAACCACACCAAGGGCAGCCACUGUGAGCAGUGCCUCCCGCUGUUCGUGGGUUCUGCCGUGGGGGGCGGGACCUGCCGGCCCUGCCACACCUUCUGUCGUGGCAACAGCCACGUCUGCGUCUCCAGGAAGGAGCUUGAAAUGGCUUGGAGGGAGCCAGAGAAGUACUCCCUGGAUCCAGAGGAGAUUGAAAACUGGGUGACAGAGGGCCCCAGCGAAGACGAGGCUGUGUGUGUAAACUGCCAGAAUAACAGCUAUGGGGACAAAUGUGAGAGCUGCCUCCACGGCUACUUCCUCCUGGAUGGGAAGUGCACCAAAUGCCAGUGUAAUGGCCACGCGGACACCUGUAACGAGCAGGACGGGACCGGCUGCCCGUGUCAGAACAACACAGAAACGGGCACCUGCCAGGGGAGCUCCCCCAGUGACCGCCGAGACUGCUACAAGUACCAGUGCGCCAAGUGCCGGGAGUCAUUCCACGGGAGCCCGCUGGGAGGCCAGCAGUGCUACCGCCUCAUCUCCGUGGAGCAGGAGUGCUGCCUGGACCCCACGUCUCAGACCAACUGCUUCCACGAGCCCAAGCGCCGGGCCCUGGGCCCUGGCCGCACGGUCCUCUUUGGUGUGCAGCCCAAGUUCACCAACGUGGACAUCCGCCUGACGCUGGAUGUGACCUUCGGUGCCGUGGACCUCUAUGUCUCCACCUCCUACGACACCUUCGUGGUCCGCGUGGCCCCCGACACGGGCGUCCACACAGUGCAUAUCCAGCCACCCCCACCGCCACCGCCGCCCCCGCCCCCUGCGGAAGGCGGGCCCCGAGGGGCUGGGGAUCUGGGGGGACCAGGGCCUGGGAGUGGGUCGGGCACCCCAAUGGAGCCACGGGUGCGGGAGGUGUGGCCACGGGGCCUGAUCACCUACGUGACGGUGACAGAGCCAUCGGCAGUGCUGGUGGUUCACAGUGUGCGGGACAGACUGGUCAUCACCUACCCCCACGAGCACCACGCCCUCAAGUCCAGCCGCUUCUACCUGCUCCUGCUGGGCGUGGGAGACCCCAGUGGGCCUGGCGCCAAUGGUUCGGCUGACUCGCAGGGCCUGCUCUUCUUCCGGCAGGACCAGGCCCACAUUGACCUGUUCGUCUUCUUCUCCGUCUUCUUCUCCUGCUUCUUCCUCUUCCUCUCCCUCUGUGUGCUCCUCUGGAAGGCCAAGCAGGCCCUGGACCAGCGGCAGGAGCAGCGCCGGCACCUGCAAGAGAUGACCAAGAUGGCCAGCCGCCCCUUCGCCAAAGUCACCGUCUGCUUCCCGCCCGACCCUGCUGCCCCAGUUCCUGCCUGGAAGCCGGCCGGACUCCCACCACCCACCUUCCGCCGCUCUGAGCCUUUCUUGGCACCCCUGCUGCUGACAGGGGCUGGCGGGCCCUGGGGACCCGUGGGCGGGGGCUGCUGCCCACCGGCCCUCCCCACCACCACUCUGCUCCAGCUGCCUGGCGGGCCCCACGCGCCCAACGGUGCCUGCCUGGGCUCGGCCCUGGUCACGCUGCGGCACAGGCUGCAUGAAUACUGUGGGGGCGGUGGGGGUGCUGGGGGCAGUGGUCACGGGGCUGGUGUAGGUCGGAAGGGACUUUUGAGCCAGGACAAUCUCACCAGCAUGUCCCUCUGACAGGCCGGGUCCCUCAGCCGCAGCAGCCAAGUGCCCGUGGGGGCCCCUGGACAUUGUCCUCAGAGGACUCUGGUUUCCUUCCCCUGGGGGUCCCCAGACAAGGCCUCCUUCGUUGUGCAUUCAACAAUUAUUUAUUGAGUC